UCAUUUACUGGCCUGGCGUUCACCGCCUGUUGCUGUUGGCCGAUGCAGCCGGCGGGCUUCCUGCAGCAGCCUUGAUCGCCGCGAGGGGCAGAGUCAUCGGGAUAACACUGAAUCCCAGGGGAACCGGCCGUAUCUGCCUUUAUCAGGGGAGGGGGAAAGUUUUGCCGCCGUCCUGGACCGGCGUCGCCGAAAGACUCCUUCCAACAGCUUAUGCGGGAAACUGGCGCUGAAUUAUUACCAUACGUGUUAACCGCCGUGACAAAUGGAUUAUCACCGUGAUCACAAAGAAAAUACUGUUCGUGCUUCGCGAUGUGUGCAGAUAUUUCUCUGCUGUAACCCUGAAGAAACCAAAGUGGAGAGGAAGGCAUUGAGAGAAAAGGUUUAUCCAAGACUGCGAGAGUACUGCAGAUACAAGCAUGGGCUGGAGUUCCAGGUAAUUGAUGCGUAUAUGGGCGUGGAUCCCGACGAUGUCCAUGAUUGUGAUGUCCGGAAGCUCCGGUUGAAGCUCUUGGAUGACUGUUUGAAGUUUUCUGCUGGGCCGUGUUUUGUGGCAUUAAUAGGAGAACAAUAUGGAAGUACGGGCAUACCAGAGGAAAUUGAAGUCAACGAGUUUGAGAUGAUUCUCUGCAGAUCGCAAAGUGAAGGCCUCAGGACCAUUGUCCUGGAGAACUGGUACCAUCGAGAUGAGAAUUCUGUUCCUGCUGCCUAUCGUCUGAGAGCUAAAGCCGAUGUUCUUCCUGACUACUACAACAAGAGCAACGGAAGAGCGAGGGAAGAGGCCCAUGCAGUGUGGCACGACGACUUCACAGAAAUGACGAUGACCUUCAGCACAAUCAUUACAGAGUGCCUCAAAGAGGGGACAAUAAAACCAGAACAGGCUCAAAAAUACUUCACCUCAGCUCUUGAAGCAGAGUUGCAGCACGGUGUGAUAAACCAGCCCCCCAGCAUUCUCCGAAACUGCAUCUGCUACGUUUGUAAAAUUCCACACCUCACUCACCACCUAAAGAAACUCCUUGCAAACCAGAAGGGACCACAAGGCCCUGCUGGGCAGCUGCCCCAGGAAGCCCUGGCACACGCCAAGCUCCUCAGACUGCGUGAUGAAAUUCUCCCGUCGUUGGCCACUGUCUCAGAUUUACGUGUUUACACUUCAACUUUGCUGGGCAACCACGCGGGGAAGAUGAAACAAGAAUACAUCGAGGAACUUUGCCAACAGUUCUACACUGAUAUUGUUAAGCUUAUUGACAGCAGCAACAAAAACACACAAAAACCUGUGGACAACUUUGAGGGUGUGGAAGUGGAAAACAUGAAGCAUGUGACUUUAUGCAAUUUAUAUGCAUCCCUUUCUGACUUUGAAUGGAAAGAAAGAGACCAAAUUAAAGAAUACAUUGUGGGGAAGCAACCAAACACCCCCUUGAUUGUCAUGGGGGGACCUUGCACUGGAAAGACAGUUCUCUUGGCAACUUGUGCCAAACAGAUAUGUUCGUGGCUGAAUAAAAGCGAUCCAGUGAUAGUUGGCCGCUUCCUCUCGACAGGCCUCAGAACCUCCUUCUGGAAUGCCCUGAUCGGAAUCUGUCACCAAAUUGCAAUGAGCUACCACAAACCUGUGCCAAUAUAUUGUGACAGCACCGAAGAAUUAGUGAACUGUUUUGUGGACCUUUUAGAGUUGUCAUCUGAACAGCAUCCCUUGAUAAUCAUGAUCGAUGGUGUUGAUCAGGUCUCAGAGGCUGAUAAUGCCAGAACCUUAUGGUGGUUUCCAAAUCCUCUGCCACCCUUUACCAGGUUAAUUAUUUCCAUCACUAUUAAGACAUAUGAAAUUGCACAGAAAAGCACAUUGCUACACCCAAAUGCAGCGACCUUUCUUGAAUUAAAACCGAGAGAAAGAAAGGAAUGCAACAAGGUUCUCACACAAACUCUGCUUUCCUCCAACAGAAGGAUUACGUCUGGGCAGCAGAUAUAUGUGAAUGCAGCUCUGGACCAGUGUUCCCUUCCGCUUUAUGUUAAGUUGCUUUAUAAUGAAGUGCUUUGUUGGACGUCUCAUGAUGAUAUUAAUGACCAGACUUUAGGAAGGACUGUUCACGACAAUAUUGAUCGACUGCUUAAAAGGCUUGAAAGGAAGCACGGGGAAGGCCUAGUUUCCAGAGUUCUGGGUUAUUUAACACUUGCAAAUUCAGGACUUAGUGAGGUUGAACUGCUGGACAUUUUGUCACUUGACAACUACGUGAUAAGAGACUUCUGGCCUCAAGAUGCUUUGCCAGUCUCACUGAAGGUACCAUAUUAUACAUUAGCGAGAUUACAAGAGGAUCUGAGAGGAUUUUUAGUGGACAGGCCACACAACGGAGUAAAGAUGCUCUUCUGGGCGAACAGACAUUUUCCACUGGUCAUUAAGAGGUGUUACCUCCAGAACUGGGACACCGUACAACAAAUGCACAGUGUUAUGGUGGAAUAUUUUUAUGGUCGAUGGUCCAAUGGAAGAGCGAAGCCAUUUCCUGUCUCUCUGUUGCAACAGGGCCCAAUAAAGAGUCAACAGGUGCCCCAGAGGACUUCAGAACACAGGCCUUUGACGGAAAAGUAUGUUGACAGGCAGCAGCCUUCACAGCCUUGGCUUUUUCAUUUCCAGCCUUCUUUGGAAGCCCAUUGUCCAGUCUUUGCAAAUCACAGAAAAGUUGAAGAACUGCCUUAUCAUUUGAGGAGAAUUGGAAAGCUGCAAGAAUUAUAUUUUAACGUGCUAACUUCAUUCACAUCCUAUCUCGCGAUGAUUAAAGCCGGUCAUUUGGUUCAACUGAUAACAGAGCUGGAAGAGAAUAUUCAGACGUUAAACCGAAGAGGUGUCAGAUUCUUGGCAACAGUUCUAAAGAAUGCAUUUUGUCUGCUGCAGAAAUCCCCUGAACAGCUUCCAAUGGUUAUUCAGGUGAGAAUUCUACCAUUUGCGGGAUGCUUCCCACAACUGUUCAAUUUUCUAAUGCAAGCUUAUAAAGAAGGGCUCCAGCACAGUGCCAUUGCUGUGCUACACAGUCCAGUGAUUACUGUGCCGAGAGUGCACGCCGCUUUGUGUACCUCUGACUUUUCUGCAGCGACUGAUAUCAUAGAAAUCCAGUCACAAUCUGUAGUUCUUGUAACGCUGGAAAGUGGCUCUGUGUACACUUGGAACCCAGAUUUCCGAAAACCUUGGGAACGAAUAAGCACUAAUGGUGUUAAGGUUUCAGGAGCCAGAGUAUCACAUGGUGACCAGUUCCUUGUAUUAGCGACUGAACAUAGCACGAUGUUAGUCUAUGAUUUUUCCCAGCUAACCCUGCUGUACGAAGCUGAAGUGAGAAGAGCAGUUGAAGGUGGCAUAGCAAAAGUUCUUCGGCCAAUCAGCGGCUUUGCCCUAUGCAACGCAAAUGUGGUGGUGUGGUUUGACAAUAGCAUAGUAGUGAGGCUCUUUAAUCUUAACUCUCAUCACACAAUCAGGCAGCUGAACUGCCGACAUAAUGUUCAGUGUAUCUCCUUUUCUAGUGAUGGAACAUAUGCACUAUGUGGACAAUUAAAGAGCACAGUUACAAUAUUCAACCUUCACACUGGUUGCCAGGUAGCCACAGUUGCUUCUGAAUUCCAGGACUCACCCGUAUAUUCCAUUUUCCUGAGUGCUUCCAAUGAGGAAACCUAUGUUGUGGACAGGAUUGGAAAUAAAUUUGUUUGGGACACAGAGAACCUGACUGAGCCAAGUCUUCAGGAGAGUAUUAUUUGUUCAGAUAAUGAAGAUGAACUUCUCAAUGUUGAAUUUUCGUCCCAUUCCCUCUUAUUGUGCAAGAUGUCUUGUAUUGAAGUCUGGGACACGUUGAAUUGGAAUGUGUCAGACAUGUUCAAACCUCCAAAAAAUGAACAUUUUAUCCAAGCCAUAUUGUCACUAGAUUGCCAUUGGAUUUUAGCUGUCAUCAGUGGUUCUGAGGCCCUGUUUGUGUGGAAGAGAGACACAGGUCAGUGUGUUCUAAUGCUUGAGAACCGAUUUGGUACACCAUUGAGAUUUACCAAGUGCAUUACACAGAAGUCUUUGGUAUCAUUCACUUCAAAGGGAUAUGCCGUAUCCUGGGACUUAGAUUGCAUAAAUAGAGCCUCAGCUCUAGCGAAGGCAGAAAAGGCCAUACAAUCAAUUCUCCUUUCGAAAGAAGGGAAGUAUUUUUAUACCUCUGAUGGUACCAACAUCAUACUCAAAUGGAGCCUGACUUUCUGUCAAAUAGAGGCUACCUUUACACAUGCCAACCUCAUUAAACACUGCGCUCUUACAAGAACAGGGGCCACCCUGGUAACUGCAGAUGUCAGCGGUGACCUUUAUGUCUGGAACACGAAAACUGGUGAAAACUUCCACAGGAUCAGAUACAGCGUCGUGACGCAACUGUUGGUGACACCAAACGAUCACUCUGUGGUGUCACUUUGUGAAGGCUCCACCUCUAAGGUCUGGAAUUUGUCCAGUGGGCACAUUGUCUGUGAUAUUCACGUACCCUUAAAGAAGGCGACGAUUAUGCCCGAAAGCACCUUUGUCUUAGGUCUUCAUCAGUACUGUCUCCUCGCUGUCAGCUUGUGGUCAGGUGGCAUAGUCAAGAGAUUUGAAUGUGUUGACAAGUCUGAUAUUGUUGCCUUUCAAACACUGAAAGAUUAUCCAGACUACAUUUUGCUCAUUACAUCUUCUGGAUGCAUGUAUACCUGGAACGUGGCAGAGGAAACAUUUUGCCAGCAGGUCCAGCUCCCGAUCAAGUUCUCCAGACCCGUGGAUAACUUUCAGGUUUCCGAUAGUGGGAGCAUUGCAAUAAUGUCAGCUAUCGCUAAGACUAUCAACGUCUUGGACAUCCUACAAGGAAAAAUGUGUGUUAUUAGAACCAAGGGAGAUAUCUUUAAUCAGCAAUUAACAAGAGAUGGUCAGUAUGUUGUUUACAUAGAUUACAGAGAUUCCUGUAAUUGUGACUUUCAUUCUAGUCCAUCACUUAACAUUGUGCGAAUAACAGAUGGAAAAAAUAUCGGAUGCUGCCAUUUGUGUAAAAUUCCCUCCAGCAUUCUUGUCUGUGAACAUGAUUUAAGUAUCUUAGUUGGUUUUGAAGAUGGGAGUGUUGGAAUAUACGCAGUUGUUGACCAUCCUGGUUCUGAAAACAAAAUUAAAAGCCAACUGACAGAGGUGAUCAAAGGUACUUGUGAUCAGAAUAAUCGGUCUACACAGCACUUUUCAGUACAUGCGGCCAUAGCAAGCCCUAUGACUAAAAACAAACUACAAAGACCAUAAAGCCAAGCGUCCUUGCGCGCGCCCCACGUGGGCCGUCCUUCUCUUCCAUUGGCGGAAAUCUUUCGGCGGAAGUGUUAGCCCAGUUAAAUCACUUCCGCUGAGACGACCUCUUCCCUUUUGCCGCGGAUCCG